AUAUAUAUAUGUAUAAAUGGGAAACAACCCUAACUUGAAAGUUUGAAAUGUGUGAGAUCCAUGACUUGUUUGAAAAACUAGAAAUUAUCUAAAAAUGCCUUAAGUGAAAAUGUAGUGUUGCAUCUAUUCUCCCAAACCAAGACAAAAAAAGAAGCAGCAUUCUGUAACUUAAAAAUAAGGCUGACGUGUUGACAAUAGACUAAAACACUAAUUCGCAGGUGGCUAUCAGGAACAGAGAGGCGAGCAAAGUCACAAACACCAAGGCUGCAGACAGCCACGCAGAAACAGCAGAUAACAUAGAGACAACGCCUGCUAGAACCGUGGAGAGGAAGGUCACUUCACACGAGAUUGUAGGAGUAGGCCACAGAGAAAUAAUGCAAAACAGUUUUGAGGCAGCCACUUAAGAACUUACAGUUUUCAAAGGACAAAUUAGUUGUAAAGUCAGCUGCAGGCCACACAACUGUACAACAAUUAACUGCCCCUUUAGAACUAGUACAUACAGCAAGUGGCCGCAGGUGCUUUAUUAAAUGCAUAUGACCCGUUGUGUCCAGUAAAUUUGCUAGGUAGAGACGCUCUGACAAAACUUAAGAUAGCAGUCAUGGCAUUCUUUUCUGGUAUUACACCUGAGUGCAUGCUAAAUGACACCCGCCACAUCCACUUUCCAGAAACCGACCGAGUAUCACAACAUUCUGAGAUUUAAACAAACUCCAGGCCCAGAUCCACCUUAUGAUCAGCAAGUGUGGAAGCUAGGAGAACAGCACUUGACCUUACAGCACAGGCCGAAAUUGUGUAGGUUACGCAGUGACCACAGAUAGUAGAAUAAUAGAAGCAAAACCACUUUCUUGUUCAUAUUCUGCACAGAGCGCUGAGCUGUUAGCUGUGAUUUGCGCAUGUGAAAUACACAAAGAUAAACAAAUAACCAUUUAUAUAGACAGCCAGUAUGUUUUCUCUGCUGUGCAUCAUUUUGCAAAAAAUUUGGAAAACCAGAGGAAUGAUUACACCAACCGGAAAACCAGUUCAGCAUGCCAACCUCUUACAACGCCUCUUUCAUUGCUACAGGCAAUAACUUUGCUGACAGAGCAGCAAAACAGGCGGCACAAAAGACAAACAUCACAUUGAUGGCAGUAAACACACAUCAGAUUCCACUGGAUGUGUUGCAAAAUGAACAAAAAGCAGCAAGCACAGCAGAGCAGGCAAAAUGGCUAAAACACGGAGCAGUUCUGACAAACGACUUAAUGAUGUGUUAUGGCAAGCCAGUGUUGCCAAAAUUCCUCCACAAAAUGGCGGCAUUAGUGACUCAUGGCUGUACGCAUUUGUCAACGGGGGGACUGACCUGUAUUGUCAACUCUCAUUUCUACACUGUAAAUUUUGAAACUUCAGCAAAACAAUUUGUCAGAACGUGCAUGACGUGUCAAAAACCUCACCCUUUUCACACAAUCCACAUGGACUUUAUUGAGCUAAAUGAAUGCCAAGGGUAAAAAUACGCCCUAGUGGUUAUAGAUGUAUUCUCAAAGUGGCCAGAAAUCUACCCAGUGAAAAAGGCAGAUACAAUUUCAGUAGCAAAAUGUAUGUCUAAGUUGUAGGAAAAUAAAGAGAUGAUUGUAAAUAACGAAGAAUGUAAUGAUGUCUAUCAAGUGUCUUGCAGAUUACAGCCCGGUGACUGGGUUCUGAUCAAGGUGCUCCAAAGGAAAAACUGGAGCGCACCCAGGUGGGAGGGACCACAUCAGGUUCUCCUCACCACGCCCACCGCUUGCAAAAUUGCGGAACGACCAUCCUGGAUCCAUCAGAGUCCCUGCAGGCGAGUAAGUGAAGCCAUCUAAACUCAGUCGACACAGGCUCGCCCAACUGUUGUGAUCUCGCCCGGUGGAGGGAACAGCCUUUCUGGCCGGGGGGUCUACUCACGACAGGAGGGUGUGUCCUGUUGUCAUGAGGUGGUGGCUCCUAAUAACUGCAGCGGCCCUGACCCUGGCCGGGCUCCUCAUCUUUGCUUCCGUGAGGGACAACAAGUCACGCUAUCUGAAGAAAAGGCAGACACUGUAUGACAAAGGAAAGUACACCAAGUUUCCCCAUGGCUACGCCACUAACUUCUGGUGGCAGCUUAUGAACACUACAGCUCACCUGAAUAAUAAAACUGACUGCUAUGCAUGUACCCAUAUGCCCCUAUCCUCACAGACGUCUGGCCUGUGGCCGUACAGCAUACCUGAAGAUCGCAGUUGGUGCCUGUUGGGCCUGGCAACACAUCCAGGCUACGGUACUCUUUGGUCCAAGGCCAACUACAGCAUCCCAGCUAAAGCAACCUGGAGGUCAUCGUCACUCACGAAUGUGCACUGUUCCGGACAGACCUACCUACUGACCUGGCCCCAAGUCUCAGACCCACUGCCUGAUGUAAUUCUACUGAACAAACUGAACGCAUCACAACUGCCAGUAUGUGUGAUGAACAAUGGAUCGCGGGCAGUGGGGGAGCUGCCUACACACCUAUGUAAGUACAUAUACACUUUCUGCCCACCGAGGAAUGAGAGGAAGUGUAUGGCCUGUUCAAUCAACGAAACCUGUGCCAGUAACGCGACGCUGAUGAGCCUCAACUGUCGCCCCGACUACAGCUACCGAAUGCCACUACAAACAAAGACUCAGUACCAGACAGGAUGUGCACGGACGGCACCCAGCAGUAGAGGAACCAGAGUUUUGGCUGACUGGUACUUCCUAUGUGGCAAUAAGGCUUAUCUGUCACUCCCUGAAGGUUGGGGGGGUCUGUGCGCCCUGGUGCAAUUAUCAGAUCACGUCUUCUUCAUGCAACGUGUUGCACAUCACCCAAGCAGCCGACAGAGACGUGAAGUGGACAUCGCCUCACCCAAUUCUUUCGGCAUUACAGUGGACACUGGAGUGCCGGGAGAGUUUCGCAUCUGGGGAGGAGGAGUGAAAUUCUUACAGAGCUUGAUCCCCGGCAUUGGAGUUGCCGAGGUGCGGGAUCACGUGGAAAUCAACCGAUAUGCUCUGCUACGACACAUCAACUUAACUAAGACCCUGGGAACGGCCUUAGCAGGAGAACAGAAGGCCAUCAGAACGAUGGUGCUGCAGAACAGACUGAC